AUUUAAACGAGACGAACCCAACAAACCAGGCACAGGUCACAGAGGACUGUUGCUAUAUAAUAGAACAGUGCCUAUCAGCCGUUAUAUCCAUAACACGAUACAUAUGUUACCUAUCAAAAGACAAGUCCCUAUCAUAUACAUGUGAUGGCGAUAGAAAUACUACAUGAAUAAGACGAUAUAUAUAUAACCUGUGGUGAGGAUAUUCAUAGAUACUACGUAUAUAAUAUAGUGUGCCCAUAUAUAGUCCAAGGCUUAUUUCUUACCUCUUCUUCUGUAGUGUACUAUACUGUCACAUUCACUAAGUUAAUUGUGACAUGGUAUAAUUUCACACAUAAAUACAAUACACAGCUUUUAAAGUAAAGGACAUAAUAUAGCGCAUAGUACGUGUAGACUGGCCUUCGAACCAUUGCUUCUACUGUUGAUCGAUUCAGCUGCAGGAAUAACAAGCGCCAUGCAGUUCACAAAACCCGCUCCUAUUGAAAUCAGGCAAACCGACGAAGACAACAAUGAGUUGAAAGAUGAGUCAGAUAUGACCAUCUUUGAGGAUGAGAAAAUAUCUGAGCUGAUUGACUCCGGAAUGGACAUCGUCCAGGGCUUUGAGAGUGAAGAUGUGAUGUCAAAUUUGGCUGCAGGCCAAGCAUUGGGCACGGUGAGACUAUGUACUUGAAAUUUUUGCUCUAGCUAGGAUACAGUUUGCAGUGUAUAUGGACAAGUUUUAUCUUGUAUAUGUAUACGAAUAUUCUUGUAUUUGAAUGAUGGCCC